AUGACUGACACUCUGGAUGACCUGUAUCAUGCGCUGAGGGUCAGCCUGAACCAGAGCAGCUCGAGCAUCUUUGAGGACGUGGAGAUGGCACAGGACGAGCUUUAUUCUGGACCUGUCGCCGAGUCCCUGCCCACGAGUAUAUCAGCCUUCCACCGACGCCGGAGCCGCGCAGACUCCACCACCAGCUUCGCUUUCUACCCAGACGACCCUGACGACCUAGACAGAGAGGCGCUGCUGGCCGAGGAGGGAAUUGUUUCGAUCGAAGACCUGGACGAGAUUCCCUUUGCAGUAGACAUAGGCGACGAAGAAGACGACGAGGAGGAGGCGGUCACGGGUGUGCUUCUCCCACAGGAGAGCCCGGGUUCCAGCGACAGGCCGUCACAGGAUGACGACUCCUUCGCGCGCAGGCGCUCCUCGGCGCACUCUCACCACUCAGUCCACUCGCGGCUGAUACGGCGGGAGAGCAACAUGACGGAGACGAGUGCGUAUGGCGGCGGACGCUUCUCACAAAAGGUGUACAUGCCAAAUGAGGACCUGAUGAUUGUCAUCGCUGGCUUUCGGACCAGCAACGUCGGGCUGGCGGCGUACACGUUCAUGUGUGCAACAUCUUUUGGGCUGGCUUGGCUGCUGUUCCGGUGGUUGCCAAGAUGGCAUGUCUGGCUGACUGGAAAGAAAGCACCGCUCAGAGAGGCGUCAUGGGUGGUCAUCGAGAACCAGUGGAAUGAGAUGGCCAUACUGGACGUUGAUUCCAAGCCCUACGGGCGGGCGCUCUCCACUGUUUUUGGGAGCUCCGGGAAGAAACUUUCGUCGAGCGCGUAUACCUUGGAGUAUGACGACGAUCCGAUCUUGGACGAGCUGAGGGUAAUCAACUACCGUUAUGUGCGGUUCUACUACGACCCGCUCCGGGACAAGUUCAGAGUGAGCCACGGUUGGAAGGAUCCCCUGUGGACUGACGUGCUGGCCGUCAAAGAGGGCGUGGACAGUGAGGAGAAGAGCAACCGCGAGCUGGUGUUUGGGUCGAACCUCAUCGACAUCGAGCAAAAGUCCGUCUUCCGACUCCUCGUCGACGAGGUGUUCCACCCCUUCUACGUGUUCCAGAUCGCAAGUCUGGUGCUGUGGUCGAUGGACUCGUAUUACUACUAUGCCGUUGCCAUCUUCGUCAUGUCCGUGGUUAGCAUCGCGGCCACUCUCGUCGAGACCCGCUCAACGAUGAAACGCCUCAGGGAGAUCUCUCGCUUCGAAUGUGACGUGCGGGUGCUGAGAGAUGGGUUCUGGAGCUACAUCAGCUCAGGGGAGCUGGUGCCAGGCGACAUUUACGAAGUGACCGAUCCGAAUCUGUCCCAGUUCCCGAGCGACAGCAUUUUGCUCAGCGGAGACUGCAUCGUCAACGAAAGUAUGCUGACAGGAGAAUCGGUGCCUGUUUCGAAAGUCCCGGCCACAGACGACACCCUGCGAGACAUGAACUUGUCCGCAUCGCAGGUCAUGCCGGAGAUCGCGCGGCAUUUCCUGUUCUGUGGUACCAAGAUCAUCCGCGCCAGGAAACCACAGGACGACCGGGACGAGGAGGCAGUGGCACUGGCCAUGGUCGUCAGGACAGGCUUCGACACCACCAAGGGAGCUCUGGUCCGAUCCAUGCUCUUUCCCAAGCCUUCGGGGUUCAAAUUCUACCGGGACUCAUUUCGCUACAUAGCAGUGAUGGGGUGUGUGGCCCUAGUGGGCUUUACGGCAUCAUUUGUCAACUUCAUACGCUUGGGGUUGGCCUGGCACCUCAUAAUUGUUCGGGCGCUGGACUUGAUCACCAUCGUCGUGCCACCCGCCUUGCCUGCUACACUGACAAUCGGCACCAACUUCGCGUUGAGCCGGUUGAAGGCGAAGCAAAUAUUCUGCAUCAGCCCGCAGAGAGUCAAUGUGGGCGGCAAGCUGGACAUCAUGUGCUUUGACAAGACUGGGACGCUCACCGAGGACGGCCUGGAUAUUCUGGGCGUAAGGGUAGUGAAUCGCGCUGCGAAUCGAUUCGACGACGUCCUCACCGAUCCAGCAACAAUGGUACCCAAGGCAGAUUCUGCCGCCCACGAGACCUCUGCUCCGUCUUACGAUGUGCAGAAAGCAGCUCUAUACACAAUGGCAACAUGCCACUCCCUACGAUCUAUCGACGAUGAGCUUGUGGGAGACCCGUUGGACGUCAAGAUGUUUGACUUUACUCGUUGGACAUACGAAGAAGGCCAGCAGAGCUCCGGUGGUGACGACGAUGAGGAGAAUCUAGGCCUCUCGCCAUCAAUUGCCAGGCCGCCACCAGAGAUGGCCCAUGAGCUGACCAGCACCAACAGGGCUGGCGAACUGGUGCCCCUCGAGCUGGGCGUGCUGAAGUUGUUUGAGUUCGUCUCCCAGCUCCGGAGGAUGAGUGUCAUCGUUCGUACGUUUGGCCAGCCGAGCGGCGACAUCUAUGUUAAGGGAGCGCCCGAGUGCAUGCGAGACAUCUGCCGAGCGGAAAGCUUCCCGUCAGACUACGACGAGCAGCUGGCUUACUAUACCCACAAGGGCUAUCGCGUGAUCGGGUGUGCCACAAAGCAUAUAAAGAAGCUGACCUGGGUCAAGGCGCAAAAGAUGACGCGAGCAGACGUCGAGUCAGAACUUGACUUUGUCGGUUUCAUCAUCUUCGAGAACAAGUUGAAACCGAGCACGGCGGCGGUGCUAGAUGAGCUUCUGCAGUCCAAUAUCGGCGCUGUGAUGGUGACGGGGGACAACAUCCUCACAGCCAUCAGCGUUGCCAGGGAGUGCAACAUGAUUAACAAGACUGCGCACUGCUUCGUGCCUCGCUUCGCAGAGGGACAUUCGAGGGAUCCCGAAGCAAAGCUGCAGUGGGAGAGCAUUGAUGACCCUGCCUACCAGUUGGACGAGAAGACACUGGUGCCACUACCAGCACCGGUGGACGGAGACGCAUCGCUCCCCUACAACAUAUCCAACCUACGCAACUACUCUAUCGCCGUCAGCGGUGAUGUUUUUCGCUGGGUGGUUGACUUCGCGCCCGUUGAGGUGCUGCAUAGGAUGCUCGUCGCAGGCAAGAUAUACGCACGUAUGUCACCUGACGAGAAGCAUGAGCUCGUCGAGAAGCUCCAGAGCAUCGACUACUGUGCUGGCUUCUGCGGCGACGGCGCCAAUGACUGCGGCGCGCUGAAGGCGGCAGAUGUGGGUAUCUCGCUUUCCGAGGCUGAAGCCUCGGUAGCAGCCCCGUUCACAAGCCGGGUCUUCGAUAUCACUUGCGUACCUGCCGUCAUCCGCGAAGGCCGUGCAGCUCUGGUCACCAGCUUCAGCUGUUUCAAGUACAUGAGUCUCUACUCGGCGAUUCAGUUCUGUUCUGUGUCCUUCCUCUACGCCUCCGCCUCCAAUCUUGGGGACUUCCAGUUCCUCUUCAUCGACCUCGCGCUGAUUCUUCCCAUCGCGGUGUUCAUGUCCUGGGCAGGGCCGUUGCCCGAGCUCUGCCGCAAGAGACCUACCGCGGACCUGGUCUCCCGCAAGGUCUUGACGCCUCUCAUCGGCCAGAUGUGCAUCUGCAUCCUAAUUCAAGCCGUGUCGUUUGUGGUGGUCCGGAAGCAGCCAUGGUUCAUCCCACCCAAGGUGAACCAUGACAAAUCGAACAUCAAGAACUCGGAGAACACAGCGCUGUUCCUGGUCAGCUGCUUCGAGUAUAUCUUGUCUGGAGUGGUGCUAAAUGCCGGCCCACCGUUCCGUGUCGGCGUGCGGAAGAACUGGCCGUUUCUGGUAACGAUUGGUGUGACACUGGUGAUCACGCUGUACAUGGUGAUGGGGCCCGCGCGCUGGCUGGCCAAGGGAAUGCAGCUGACCAAGAUCAGUUGGGAUUUCAAGCUGUUUCUUGUCAUGCUGGGCCUGGUGUAUCUGGUCGCCGCGUGGACGGGCGAACAGCAUGUAUUCCAGAAGCUGGCGAGGGUGUUUGGUAAGCUCAGACAGGCGGCGACUGGGAAGAGGAAGCAGAGAAAACAGUACAAGGUCAUCAGAGAGGAGAUGCAGGGGCUGAUGUAG